GACCCGGAAGAUACGCACACCGGACGGGGGGCGGCAGUAAACAUGGCAGACGCAGACGCUUCAGCGGAUGCUGGAAAUAAACAAAGUGUUUAUCACGAGCUGCUCAGUCCGUCAGAGCUGUUUGAGGCUCGCUCCCGCAGCCAUAAGAUCCCAGUGCGUGGCCAGAAAGAGUUCCUGCCCAGCGGCUCCGAGCAGCAGAGCCAACGACUGCAGCACAGCCUGGAGGAGCACUGGACACUGCUGGCUGAGGAGAGAGUCGAGAGACUAGGGAAUCUGGUGAAUGCAGUAUGGAGUCCUGAAGAAAAACUGGUGGAGUUGCAGUCACCGGCUGGGAAGUUUUGGCAGACGAUGGGUUUUUCAGAAAGAGGCAAGCAGUAUCUGCAACCCGAAGAGGCGCUCUACCUCAUGGAAUGUGGCAAUGUGCAGGUGUUUUACCGGGACCUUCCUCUGUCCAUUCAGGACGGAUAUGAGCGGUUUCUGUCCUCUGACACUGUGACUCUUCAUCAGUAUCAGGUUUUUGGACAUUUGAAAAGGCUUGGGUAUGUUGUGAACAGAUUUGAUCCCAGUCAUCUAUCACACAGUUCAGUCUCAUCCACAUAUGAGAGACAGCUGAAUCUGCCAGCAUCGGACAAACAGAAGAAACAGCUGAAGAGGAAACGCUCUCAAAGUCCUGUGUCCAGUGAUAAACACGGCAUAUCAACAGAGGAGAAGACGACAUCUGAAGCUCACAAUGAGCUAGCGGAGACCAGUAAACUACCAGCAGAUCUGCAGGAGCCGGUACAUUUAGCUGACGCACCUGAGAGGACAUGGUGGAUGGAGGAGGACGUCCAGCAAAAACACCCAAAAACCCAAACUGCAGCUCCCCGUUGGGACUUCAGCAGCAUUAGUUUCCCAGAUCUGGGCUCCCGCAGGAGAUCUGAGCGUUUGGCGUCUCCACACCGCAGCCUGCUGCCGGAAAAUGUAGAUGUGGGUGAAUGUGACGUGUCCCGCUGGCUGGGCAGACUCAACAUGAAGCAGGAGAAGCUGUCGCGGCGGGACAUGGAGCGACAGAGGGAGCGGGACAGAUACCGCAGGGAUGUUAACAGUGACCGGGAGGUGCGGCGCUGCAGGAACUGGGCAGAAUAUUCAGAGCUGAUGGAGGAACGGAGGAGGCGGAGGAGAAAACACAGACCUGAACACCUGUGGGAGAGAGAGGAGACGCCGCUCACUCAGCCCGGACAGUGCACAUCACACCGUGAACUGCUGGACCAGAUCGGCAUCAUCAAGUCCUCUACUUUCUCUGAGGGUCUUUCCAGAUUGUCCCCGUCAGACCAGUGGAAGAUUAGUUUCGAUGUUUACCAACCAGACACGGUGGCGGAGUUUAAAAAGAGCCACCCUGGAAAGCCUUACACACGCAUGUGUGUCUGCAGUUUUGCGGGCCCUGUGCCGGAUCUGCAUGCUGUGAAGCAGCUCUCCUUCCAGAGCCAGGACGUCCCGGUGACAUUCGCAGUGGUGGAUCACGGUGACAUCUCCUUUUACUGCUUCAAAGACUUUAAACUUCCAACUGAUGUGUAUUAAAGCUGCAUUUAUCAAACUACAACUCGACUCAGUACAGCACCUGUGCAUCUCAGGGGGAUUAUGGACGGAGAGUUUACCCUAAAAUAACCGUUUCUAUCAUCGUUUAGUGACUCUUAUUGGAUUAAAAAAGUCUUAAUUCAAGAAGCUAAGCUUAGAUAAGCACAAAAUAUUGUGUUGUUUACAGAAAUAAUGAGUCAAAAUUAAGUGUUUUACCUUAAAACAAGUCAAAUAAUCUGCUAAUGAGAGAAGAGAAAUCAUUUUUGAGAUUGUUUCCCCAAUUGGUGGAUUAUUUUCGCUUCUUUUAUGGAAAAACUCAGUUAAAUUUGACUCAUUAUUUCUGAAAACACCACAAUAUUUUGUGCUUUUCUAGAAAAAGCUUCUUGAUUUAGGAGUUUUUAGAUAUUUGGACUAGAAAUGAGACAAAAAAUUGAGCAGGAAAGUCUUCUUGGUUGAUGGAAGUCAGCGGUCACAUUUGUCUAAAACUGAACUGAAAACAGCACCUGUGCAUCUCAGGGCGAUUACGGAUGGAGAGUUCACCCUAAGAUAACAGCUCUGUCAUUGACUCUUAUUGGAUUGUGAAUUAAUAAAGUCUUAAAUCAAGAAGCUUUUUCUGGAUAAGCACAAAAUAUUGUCUGUUUACUGAAAUAAUGAGUUAAAAUUAAGUGAGUUUUUCCUUAAAACAAGUCAAAU